AUAUACAAGGCAGGUAGGGCACAGGGGUCUGGGAGUGUGUGUACACGUACACUUCACACACACCCAGAAGCAUCCAUACACAGAAACACACUCACUGUGAGUGACCCAUUGCCAUUGGCCAGGCCCACCAACCCUCUGCCUGUCAGAUCUGAAGAGCAGGACCAUUUGGGAAAGGAGAGACAGAGAAGGAAGAUGAUAACGCUGAGGUUGAUGUGGGGACUCCUGGUCCUGUGUGUGGUGGCAGCCUCUCCCCGCAGAUAUGCCAGACAAGCGGAAUUAGAUAACUAUGACAACAACAAUGUGGACUUAGACAAGAAUGUGGAUGGUACUGAUGUCUAUGACUAUUACGAUGGAUUUGAUGAACCACAGAUAGAGAUUGGAACCUUGAGCCCCGAUGAGGACAUUGAUCCUUCACACCAUGCCUCAUUGGAGGAGGAGGAAGAGGAGGAGAGAGAAGACAAAGAAUUACCCAUAAAGCCUCAGCUGAUUCCAUCAGGCUUUGGGGAGUCAGGGACUCUGAUGGGCCCUAGUGCACAGGGAGAGGAGGAGCUUCGUCUGACGCCCACUGACAUCCUUCAGAUUUCUGGGGACAUUUCAGGUUCUGGAGUGCCUUUGGGCUCAGGAGGUCCUGGGACCUCUGGUGACAUAUCAGGUUCUGUGGACUCAGAGGACCUAGGUUCUGGAGUCUCUGGACUUUCUGGUUCAGGCAUAAUAUUGAUCUCAGGUAGAGAGGAGGAGCUCCACUUGACGUUUGAAACCAUUCCACACGAGGCCUCUGGGGAUUUGGGGGAGUAUGGAAUCUCUUGGGAGUCUGGAGUUUCUGGGUUACCUGAGGUGUCAGGAGAAUCUGGGGCCUCUGGGGUACCUGAGCUGUCAGGAGAAUCUGGGGCCUCUGGAGUACCUGAGCUGUCAGGAGAAUCUGGGGCCUCUGGAGUACGCGAGGUGUCUGGGGCCUCUGGGGUACCUGAAGUGUCAGGAGAACCUGGGGUCUCUGGGGUACCUGAAGUGUCAGGAGAACCUGGGGUCUCUGGGGAACCUGAGGUAUCAGGAGAACCUGGGCUCUCUGGGUUACCUGACUGCUUAGGAGAAUAUGGGGUUCCAGAGGUUUCUGGAGAGCCUGGAGCAUCUGGGGUACAUGAAAUGUCGGGAGAGUCUGGGCUCUCUGGGGUGCCAGAGGUAUCGGGAGAGUCCGGGACCUCCGGGGUGCCUGAGGUGUCUGGAGAGCCUGUUAUCUCUGGGGUGCCUGAGGUGUCUGGAGAAUCUGGGCUCUCUGGGGUGCCUGAGGUGUCUGGAGAAUCUGGGCUCUCUGGGUUGCCUGAGGUGUCUGGAGAAUCUGGGCUCUCUGGGGUGCCUGAGGUGUCUGGAGAAUCUGGGCUCUCUGGGGUGCCAGAGGUAUCAGGAGAGUCCGGGACCUCUGGGAUGCCUGAGAUCUCUGGGUUGAAUGAGGUGUUUGGAGAGCCUGUGGUCACUGUGCUGCCUGAUGUGUCUGGGGUCCCAGAGGAGACUAAACAGCCUAAGGUCACUUUCGAGUCUGGAGAAUCUGGGAGCCCAGAAGAGUCUGGGGUGACUGAGGCCCCAGUCGUCACCACUGAAAUAUUAAUACCUGACUUAGAUGAAGAGGAAGCGAUACUCCUAACUACCCCAACCACUCCCUUGGAGGGGACUGGGGGUGAAAUAGGGUCAGGGCUACCUGAUUUUGACAAAGAUAUUGAAACAGAUCAAACAGGUAUGGCUACCUGUAUGCUGUGCACCUGCCUGGUUGGAUCUGUGUACUGUGAUGACCUUAAACUGGACCGUGUUCCUCCUCUCUCCAAAGACACCACUCAUUUCUAUGCACGCUACAACAAAAUUGCUAAGAUCAGCAAGUCUGACUUCAUCAACCUGAAUAAAUUAAAGAGGAUUGAUCUGACCAGCAAUGGAAUUUCCAGGAUCGAUGAUGAUGCUUUCUUUGGCCUUCCUGCUCUGGAGGAGUUGAUAUUACGAGAGAAUAGCAUUAGACAACUUCCAGCUCUAGCCCCCUCUAUGACCCUGAUUGAUGCCUCCCACAACCAGCUGGGCAGCACUGGCAUUCAAAGAGAGGCUUUUAAAGACAUGUCGGGGCUACUUUACCUUUACUUGACAGACAACAACAUAGACCACAUCCCGGUUCCUUUGCCUGACAGUCUGCGCUCUCUGCACCUACAGAAUAACAAUAUCCAAAUGAUGCACGAGGAUACCUUCUGCAAUCCACAUGACUUGAAUUACAUCCGCAACGCUCUUGAGGAUGUUCGCCUGGACGGUAACCCCAUCAACCUCAGCAGAACCCCACAGGCCUACAUAUGUUUGCCACGUAUCCCUGUUGGUGCCCUUAUUUAAGCCAAAAAAAAAAAAAAAUGCACACGUACAAAACUCACACGUAUGCACAUGCCUCAAAACUCCUCUGUGCGUACCUCUCUCUCUCUCUUUUUUAACUUCGGGCUCAAGCAAACACUUGGAUAUGAAUGGCCGUCUUUAAAGGAGGUUGGCAUAAAUACAUAAACUCAACCUCUCACAGGAGUUCUGGCGGACACGUCCAACUCUACGCUGCUUGUGUUUCUACCUAUUGACACAGUACAUACUUUUCAUAAUGUAGGAAGUUUGUAAUCAUAUCUGGAUUUAUGACGUCUCAAACACAUGUGUGUCUAGCCUCAUAAACAGAGAAAAAGAGAACCAUGCGUAACUCGGAACAUGUUUUAUUUAUCAAAUACUAAUGAACAAGUGCAAAUAUGAACAAAACCGCACAAAAACCCUCUUUUGUGUCCUGUACUGGUUGCCUGACUGGGGUUAGCUGCAAAAGCCAGCCCAAAUUGUUUAAAUAUGUUUGUUUUGUAAAUGAAAUAUUGUUCAUAUUCAUAGAGAAUUUAACAAAUGUUUAUCAUUGUUAACAUAAACUAAUUGAAGCUGGUGCUUAAUGAACUUUUUGAAAGGUAAAUUUGACUAAUGCAAUAAAAAACGCAUUCUAACAAUUAAUUUGUUUGUAAAGUCUGUACUGUAAUAUAAAUAUAAAAUAUUUUUUUUAUUAUUAUUAUUAUUUUACAAGAACUGCAAUAUUAUGGUAUAUCACAAUUCAAGCUGUUGUAAUGACCCGUGGCCUUCAAAAUGAACAUUGUAUUGGGGUUGAGAAUUGAUUGGGGGGUAAAUAUUAGCUCAGCUUUGUGUGUUUUGUAUGGAAAUAAUCACA